AUGAACGAAUUUAAUCGUAGCGAGACUAUUCUCGCCUCAAAUGCAGGAUUGUCCUACAAAUAUGCCACCUAUUUGAUCAGCGAUCCAGAGAGAAUACUACUAGGAUUCUGGAGUUUAGCAACGAUCAUCAUUGGUGGUUUUGGGAACAUUCUAGUUCUUGUUAGUAUCUCCCUCGGACAGUUUAAAAUAGACUUCACCUCAAAAUGGUUCCUGACCAACAUGUCAAUUUCGGACUUUCUAUACAUUUUAGUGAUCGUUGUACCCACUGCUAUUACCAACUUUUCCAACAAAUGGAUCUUCGGGAGGUUCUUAUGUGGUCUGACUGCCAGUCUGAGCAGCAUGUUCUGUAUAGUCCACCUACUCUCUUUAACCCUACUCUCUGCCAAUAAAUUGUUUAGAUGCCUUUUUCCUUUAAGGUCAAUUUAUACAACUCUUAGCGCCUGGAGUGGAACAUUGAUAACAUUUUUGUUGUGGACACUUUCCGUCUUGCCUGUCGUCAUGUAUUACGUCCUCGACAGGCCGUUCACUUUCGACAGAAACAUAAACAGGUGUACGGUCCACGACGAAAACGCUGAUAUUUUUUGGGUGAAAUUCAACAAAAUCUGCUUUGUCCUUUACGUUGCAUUUCCCCUUCUGAUAAGUGUAACCAGCAAUGUUGGACUUUUCUUCAUCGUAAUCAAGAAAGCUCCUUCCACUGGCAAAGACAAGAUAUUUAUGAUCUUGCUUCUGUCUGUUUUCUCCUUAAUAGCAUGGCUACCUGCCAUAAUCUACGGAACAGUUUUCAACAGCUCAGGAUACCCAAUCUUCCUACGAUGUGUCAACUACUUGAUAGCGCUGGACGCCACCUUCUCCAACCUUCUUUUAAUCUACUUCUACCCCUCCUUCAGAAACUUUGUCUUCUGGGUGAUUACUUGUGGUAAGAAGGGUGGACUCUCAUCACUCGAGGAUAAAAAGGAAACUUCACGCACAAUCAGUUCUGCAAAUUGCGUUCCAUUAAGAAAACGUCUUUCAAAGCAACUGACUGCUAAAAGCCUUUCGAUUCGCACGGCUAUGAUACCUAAAAAAUCCACAGUAAACAUUAGAAACACUCAUUAUAGUCGCCAUUGCGGCGCAAUAAGGGAAGGAGAGCAUAUGGAAUCGUCACGAAUGAGAUAGAGUCACAAUCACCAUUCACCAUGUCUGUGCUCAGUGCUCAGUGCUCAGUGCUUCGCCAAUAAUAAGGAUUCUUAAGAGCUU